AUGAUUGCGCACACUGAUACACCCAAACCAAUAUGUCAAGAGAACCUUCCCGCAGUCUCUGGUAGCAUCCGGGUAUUGGAAGCUAAAAUGUUCGAUUUAUACGUUUGGCCUAGAGCUCAGUCGAAGUCGUGCGCUGUGCGGGGUCAAGGCCACGUCCGGGAUUUGAUUGCCGUUACGCCGGUUUGGAGGUCGAGACACGGCAACAGCCUUCGUGUGAUAGAUAGCGUUGCCUUUCUGCCUGACGACUUUAAGAAUAGCGAUGGCAAUCCAUUGCUGGACGACUCAAGCUUGGAUCCGUUCCUAUUCGCCGCCUACCCGGCCGCGCUAGAAGAAAUUCUUGAAGAAUACGGACUCAUGAUUCUGUCUUUUGACCUCGUCCUCAAUAUUCUGGAAAAUGAUCUUGCAAGAUCGACGUCAAUAGUCAAGUCGCAUUUUACCAGUGCGGAGUUCCACUGCCGCAUUUCGCAACUUCUGUUGGAGAUUGAAGACGAGGACGCCGAAAUGAGUACCUUGAAAGGGCUUGCCAUUUUACCUUUACGAAAUGCUGAAUGGGUAUCCGCUAACAGUGGAACCAUAUACUUACCAAAGACUAGAGAAAUCGACAUACCUGCUGACGUGGAUAUUCGCGUUUUGGAUCUAGCGGUGUUGGCCAGUGAAGGCCGCAAAGCUUUGUUCGUGCACUUGGGCACUGUGGAGCCGUCGGUCAAUGCAGUCCGAUCCGCAAUACUGGCGAAUUACAGUCUCCCGUAUAGAGAGAUGUGUGGUGAAUCGAAAUCUCAUCUUCGUUACCUAUAUCUGACUCACAAGCUACAUCAUUCUGAAGACGGCUAUUGUGCCAAUCGUGUCCACUGUGAUAAUGGCCAUACGGUCAAUCCACAGGAGAAAGAGAUGUAUCUGCCAAGUAUUAAUCCAUAUGGACCAGAGGGUCUUCUGGGCCGAACGGGGAACUCCCAGGGCAUGAACAUAUUGCUCAUGCACUCAACAUAUCUUGAGAACAUUCUAGCAAGACCUCACUCAGCCCAGUUGUCGUGGCGCGAAUGGCUAAGCACGUCUUUUGGGAUUCGCGGUCGACUGAGUCUCGUUGCGUUAGAUGGCAAAUCUCUUUCAAACAGCUGGACGUAUGUCGCGGGGUCCCGUCCUGGGAAACUUCUUAGACUGUUGGAGUAUCUCAGAAGAUAUCAAAGGUCUGAACUGCGCCACGCUGCUGACAUCAUCAUGGAGAUUCGAAGCACGGAUGCAACAAAACUUUGCAAUAUGGACCUGCCUGAUAACUGCCGGCUUGACGAGACAUAUCUGCCUCUAUCCAACCUCCAGAACCUUUGCUUACGCUUUAUGGAGGAAGAUGAACCCUUUCCCUUCCUUUACCUUGAAGAAGGACUUACAGAUGAGAAAAAUAUACUCCAAGUGGACCUUUCUUCACAACGACUUCCCGGUCGGGAAGGAUGA